UUCAUGUUGACCUGUAAUUCAAAGCACUCGAAGGCGUUCCCAUGCCCAUCCCUCAAUGAAGGCUCCCGAAGUGCUCAACCGUGACAUAUCUUUCCAGGGUCACAGACUUGGCAGCGACCCGGAAGCCUGGGCCGGACGACCGCAGUGGAAUGACGUCGCUAUGCGCGGUUGCCUGCGCGCCACCGCAGCGAACCCCUUUGCAUCUCACCACCCACAAACCCGCUAUUGACUACCGUGAUACCUCACCAUGUCAGUGCUAUCUUCUGCCUACCGCCGCCUUUCCCAGGAGAGGCCCAAGGAGAACAAAACGCCGAAAGAGAACGGAACGCCAAAGGAGAACGGCAGCGCGUCACCGCCAGAAGCGACGCGCCUCGGCAUCGCGAACGUCGCGAACAUCUUCGUGCGCAUGAAGCGGGUGCGCGCGAAGGCCGCAAUUACGGCGGGGACGAGCACGCCCUGCGGGACGCUCUGUAAGAGCGGGGAGCAGCCUUUGUCCCAUCCGGGGUUGGUGGAGGCGAUGGUGACCCCGAGGCGCGAGCCGCUGGACACGCGGCAGACGUAUGUGUGCAGUGGGGGUGUAAAUACGCCCGUCCUGCUGCGUGCGGCGCGGUGCAAACUGCUAGACGAUGUCAGGGAGCUGGGGGCGAACGCCCUGGUAGACGAAAAGUGGUCUGUUGACGUCCACGAGCCCAAGACGAAAUCACAAGGAACGUACAAAGUCCACGUUACUUACCACGCCGACGCCGUUCGUUCGAAUGCGCACGAUCCUGGCAGGCCCGUCGCUCUCGAGAAGGCGAAGAGCAUUCCUGGCCUCAUGACUAUCGUCCGGCGCGAGUCUGCCUUGCCGUGUUAGGUCGGCUAUCCAGCAUCUACCCAUGAGGUUCGUCGUCCGUCUACAUGCGCGUAUCAGAAAUGUGGAUUCACGUAUGUAGACGUAUUGUCGCACUGCAUACCCACCAUCCUCAUGAUUCAUUGCCCUCGCAUCACUAGUAGACUAUCGCAUUUCCAUUAUUUCUUGGUGCGCAGACCAGCACUUCGUACGCUGGCGUAGAUAUAAAGGGACUUUCGACACCUGUACAUACUUCUCAUAGGAUUUACAUGUCCUACAAAACCUUGGCCGCCAGAAUUCCAAUUUCCAGCUGUUCUUCCAAA